UAUCCAUUUUCAACUAAACAUUUAAAAGGCAAAUAGUACUACUAUUUAUUUUUUUUCCCACAGAGCAUUCUUCCCUUUCUCUCCAAAAAAUCUCGUCAACUUUCUCCAAUCUAUACAUAUAAAAGUCUCAUUUAGGGUUUUCAUCUCUCUACUCUUGUUGUAUACUCGUCACGAGCAUCGAGCUGCUUUUACACUUGUUGUAUAAACAGACAAAAACACAUGCAGAUGUAUAAAUAGUUUUUUUUCUUCUUCUUUUUUUCCUGUUUGUAGAGUGAAUUUUUUUCUUUUUGGAGAAAUGGAAGCGGCGGCAAAUUCGAGGAGAGUGAAAGCUGGGGAGUAUGAGCAUAUGAAUGUACCAAUUCGAGUGGAUGAAUAUGGAGGUGGAGGAUUUGAGGCUGAUGAUAUAAGCGGCGGUGGCGGCGAGGAGGCGAUGAGUAGUGGUGAAGAGUUGCCGUUGUGUUCUCUCCCGCCGCUUGUUAGUCCUGUUGUUGAUAGCGGCAGAGUUUUGGAAAUGCCGAAAAGGAUGCGGACUAGUGAGCUUACUAUUUCUUUUGAAGGCCAAGUUUAUGUCUUCCCUGCUGUUACUCCUGAAAAGGUGCAAGCGGUGAUGCUAUUGUUAGGAGGGAGGGAGAUGCCUAGCUAUGUACCUAGCUCAGAUUCUGUUGCACUGCAAAGUACUAAGAGUGUUGAUAAUGAUGUCUUCACCACGCCAAGCAUAUCUCGGAGAACAGCAUCUCUGAUUAGAUUCCGGGAGAAGAAAAAAGAGAGAUGCUUUGAGAAAAAAAUUCGGUAUACUUGUCGGAAAGAAGUUGCACAGAGGAUGCAUCGUAAAAAUGGACAAUUUGCCUCUUUGAAAGAGAAGACGGCUGGUGACAGUAUUGAUUCAGGGGACAGCACUGCUCAUCCUGAACCUACACUACGAAGAUGUCACCACUGUGGUAUUAGUGAAAGCGCGACCCCUGCAAUGCGGCGGGGCCCAUCAGGCCCUAGAACCCUUUGCAAUGCCUGUGGGCUUAUGUGGGCAAACAAGGGCAUUUUAAGAGAUACUUCAAAGGGAGGGAGGCGUGUACCCUUUGACAAAAGCGAGCCAGAAACUCCUGAUGUCAAGCUGUCUACUGUUGCACCUGAGGAUUCUUAUCUAAAGCAACAGCAAGAGGGAAGUUCAGGAGAGACAAGGCCUCUAACAGAGGAAAAUCCUUCAGUUACAACUGCUGAGCUGGAUAUGCAAGAAGCUGCAGGAAACUUCGCUGAUAGUUGUCCUCCUGUUGGCAUUGGAAUUUCGUCAGUUAACAUUGAUGAAGAGCAGGAUAAUCUCGAUGAACUUGCAAAUGCUUCUGGAACUGAAUUUGAGAUUCCUGCAAGCUUCGAUGAACAGAUGGGCAUUGAUUCACACAUGGGUGUUGACUGGCCUGCGACCUGACAUACAGUAUUCCAAGUUGACGCAGAGCAGGAAGAUUCCAAUCAAAUAUUAGGAGUUAUAUAAAACUUGUAAAGCAUCUGUCAAUAUAAUAGCCAAGAGCUCGCCUGUGUAUGUUAUGAUUUGGUACUUGGGAGCUAUUGGAUAUCUGAAUAUACUUUGAUCGAUACAAAUCUGAGAAUUACUUGAAUUUUAAUUCUUCUUUCCAACC